UAUUUCGUGUGCGUUCGCCCUGAAAUAGGACAGUCACGUUUAUUGUUGUCACGAGUCAUCCACGCAUGAUCCUAUUGUUGAAGACACCCUUAUUUUGAAAAUACUCUUCCAACUAUCGAGAAGAUACCAUCCAGCUCUCCAGUAGAUCACCGGUUCGCCAUUGGUAAACCAUGGCAGACAGAAAAUGCACUGCAGCCGACCUUGAGGCCAUCACAUCAGUCACUAGCUCUGCCUCUAAUUCAGAUAGCUGUGAUGAGGUUUAUCCUAAUGUAUUUCUCUCAAGUCGGCGAAUAGCCAAGGACCGCGAGAGCCUCAAGAAGCUCGGCAUCACCCACGUUUUCAACGCCGCCCAGGGGCCAGAGCCCCAGUACGUUGACACAGACGCAGAGUAUUAUGAAAACGAUGGCAUCAAGUUCCAAGGUUUACCAGGAGAGGAGGACGGGCCCGGGUACCAGCUCUGUCAGCACUUUGAAAAGACAGCGGAUUUUAUGCAGGAGGCGCUCGAUUCUGGGGGCAAGGUCCUAGUCCACUGCAUCAUGGGUAGAAGCAGAUCGCCCACUCUUGUCCUGGCCUACCUAAUGAAGAAACAUGGCAUGACGGCUGAGGAAGCACUAAAGACAGUUAAGGAAAAUAGAGACAUCUGCCCCAAUGCGGGAUUUCUACAGCAGUUGUGUGACUUGAAUGAGAAACUGUAGAGACAAUCCAAACUUUUUCUGGACGAGAACAUUCCAACUUUAGUUGUCUAACUGAUGCGAUAAUCUUAAUAAAAAAUGUAGACUUUGUGAUGGGUGACUUUGAAAUAUGUAAUUAAAACAUCUGAAUUCUUGUUUCAAACGUCCUGUAAUGAUCCAAAUAAUAAACAAUUCCGAUAUCAAAAUAGA